AUGAACGCGGCGCAGGCGCCUUCGCAGAGCAAGCGGCCGCCCGAGAAGGGCUCGUUCCCGCUGGACCACUACGGCGAGUGCAAGCCGGCCAUGAAGGCGUUCCUGGCCUGCAUGCGCGAGCACGGCAACAGCCACAUCGACUGCAAGAAGCUCUCGGCCGACUACCUCCAGUGCCGGAUGGACAAGGGGCUGAUGCAGCCGGAGGAGCUGGAGAAGCUCGGGUUCCACGAGGAAGGCAUGAAGAAGACGUGGACGAACAAGACCAACGAGGGCAGAAAGGAAGUGGAGGGCUUCGUGGCAGGUAUGGGCAUCAAGAAGCCGCGCUACGACAAGAAGGACUAG